CCGCAGUGCUAUCCUAAACAUUGUGGAAGAUCGUGAACAUCGUGAACAAUCCUGAAUUCCAGGGCUCCAGGACCUUGGGGAUAGGUUUCAUACGCGAUUACAUACAGAAUCCAAACGUAAUAGUCCGAGCCCUAAAGCCAUAAAGACCGCUAAAGACUGAAUUGUAGAAAAUGGGAAGUUCGAUCCCACGGAUGAUGUCCCAUCAAUACGAUUAAUACCACUAAUACCACUAAUACCAUGGUGAAAAUCGUCAAAAUGGCGCUUUUGUCGCGGUUUGUCAGAAGAUUUCGUCGUGAUAUAAAAUCAAACUUUUUGUUAUUUAAGACAGUAGCGAACUCCGAAUACAGGUGCUUAUCUUCACUCUCUAGACCAGAAAAAUUAGUUUCUGAGGAAACGAAAGAACAAGAGACCAAUGGAGGACACAAAGCUGUUGUGCCUUUGGAAUGCAGAUUUGUGUAUCCAGAAUUUCUGCCGGAUCCAAGGGUGGGCCGACGUAACAGUUUACGAGAGAGACUUGAGAGGAUGGACAUGUUGAAUCGCAGAAGCAACAUUGACGUACCUGAAUUCUACACUGGAAGCAUAUUGGCAGUGUCAUCUGCAAACCAACAUGCUCCAGAGAAACUGAGUCGCUUUGUUGGAAUCUGCAUUCAGCGUGGUGGCUGUGGAUUACGGGCAUUUUUCAUUCUUAGGAAUGUGAUUGACCAUCAAGGUGUGGAAAUGUUCUAUGAAAUGUAUAGUCCACUUAUUCAGAAGAUUGAAGUGUUGCGUCUGGAGAAGAGGUUGGACAGUGAGCUCCUGUAUUUGCGAGAUGCCCUACCAGAGUACUGCACUUUCCCGUUGGACAUGGAACCUGAACAUCUUUCUCAAGGUUCCACAGUGCCUGUUAACCCUAUCAAGGUGAAACUGAAACCACGACCCUGGCUAGAAAGGUGGGAGAGGCAGGAGCUAAAAGGAGUGCAGGAUCUGGGUCUCCCUGAGAGAUUCUACAAGAGGGCUGCAGAAGUGGCCAGGCCAUGGGAGAAAUAUGACCUCAUGAAAGAAUACAGAGAAUCAAUACCAGCUGAAGAGCAGGAAUCAAUAUUUGCAGAAGUUUAUACUCAACUACAGCAACUAGAAAUAACGAAAAAAAUGAAGAGGAAGCGAACAUUUGUCAGACCAAAAAGAACUGGUUAAAACAUUUGGCUUUUUAAAUGAGCUGGAAUUCUUGAUUAUGAUGGUAUAUAAUGUGAUGUGCCAAAAUAAGGCAUGCAGUUAAUUAAGAUACUGGUCUAGAAGCAAAGAAAAAGAAUCUGUUCAUGUCUUGUAAUAUUUGAGGUUUUCACGGUGGUGACUAUGAAGAAAGCCGUGUAGAUGUGGUGUUCAUGUCUUGUUAGCAUAAUGGACAAAAUCGUUUAUGACCGACUUAAAGUAUGUGACAGUGACAGUAACAGAUUGGAAUAAUAAACCAUACAUGAUGUAAUAAGGAGCAGAUAUGAAGUCCAAAUUUAGUGAAUAUUCUUUUUGGUUCCACCUGAAGCCACAUACACCUAUGUAGUGAAUUUUGAUUCAGUAAAUAAACUGCGCUCAUCGUAAGUUUUGGGCCUUCAAGAAUUCUACCGAUUUUGUGUGACUGUGGUCAACCCAACCAAUAUUUAUGUUUUAUUUCUGCCAAAUUGUUACCACUCAACCAUUAUCUUUGGUGAGUGACAUCACAUACUGAAGCCACACCACUUGUGGUAUCGUGGCUGUUUUGACUCCCAACUAGGUUUCUUUCAGAGUUUCAUUUUCAUUUUAGAAAUUAAUUUUGAAUUAUGUAAUUGUAUUUAUUUGUGUAGAAAUUUCUGUAACUACUGAUAUUUUUUCAUAAUUAAAUACAGUAAGUCGUACAAGCUCAA